ACUCUAAAUACAAGCGAACAGGACUGGUCACCUUUCGCGCGGGGUAGAUAGCUGGGCACGUUUAUCGCCUCGUCUCGUUAUCUAGCUGCCUUGUUGCCCCACUCGACCUUAUGUCAGAUGACAUGUUUUUUUCACAAGCGUUCUCGAGUGAUUAUCGAAAGCGCCAGUCAGCGGCCGGGGAUAACGAUCGCCGCGGCGUCAACGUGAUACAUAACUUUUCGUGACAGUAAUUAAAACAGCAUCAAACUUGUAAUUAUGCAGAAACUGCUGAAUAACCUUUUGCAAGGCAUAAGCGCACGAUGUCCACCGCCAGUGAUAUAAUAAGCGAUCCGCCGAGGGGACCGCUGGACGUUUACAGGAAACGAGCAACGUUCGACUGGAAGUCGUUCAAGUUGUCCCUGGAAGGAGAGGAUGUCGUGCGGAGCCAGAAAAAAUUAUGGCAACUUCUCGAAAACCACCCUGCGUUUCGAAGGUCGACGUCGCCGGAGAGUCUGGAUGAGCUUCGGAGACGCAGCAACGCUCAGAUACAAGUGCUCUACGACAAUGGCAUAGAUCCAUUGGAAGAUUUUAAAUCUUACCUUUAUAUUUUUCAAUACGAUGGGUCGAUACCGAUAAAAAUGAGUAUCACGUAUGGUAUGGUUCCAAGUUCCAUAUUAGCGUUGGGUACCAGUCAACAUCAACAUCUUGUAGCAGAAUUUGGAAGUGGCCACUACAAUGGCUGCUUUGCGUUGACUGAAAUUUCUCAUGGAACCAACGCGAAAGGCAUGCGAACCAGAGCAACGUAUGACGUGGCGACGAAGAGUUUUAUCCUUCAUACACCUGAUUUUGAAGCAGCAAAAUGUUGGGCAGGUGGUUUAGGAAAAUGCGCGACACACGCCCUUGUAUUUGCGCAGCUAAUUACACCGGACGGGGUGAGCCACGGCCUGCACGUUUUCAUCGUACAGAUUCGCGAUCUGAAAACUCAUCUGCCUCUUCCCGGCGUCGUCGUUGGUGACAUGGGCGAAAAGAUAGCCCUUAACGGAAUAGACAAUGGAUUUUUAAUGUUCAACAAUUAUUCUGUACCGCGUAGUUGCCUGUUAAAUCGCACCGCGGAUGUCAGCGAAGAUGGGAAGUACGUCAUCGCUUUGAAGGACCAACGAAAGAGAUACGGCUUGUCGUUGGGUGCACUCUCGGGAGGUCGUGUCGCCAUUACUGCGAUAUGCAUGCAUUAUAUGAGCCUUGCACUAACGAUCGCCAUACGUUACUGCGCAGUCAGGAAACAGUUCGGCCCCACCCAGGAUAAUGAAUUGCCGGUUAUAGAAUAUCAGACGCAACAAUGGCGCAUCCUUCCUCAUUUAGCCGAGGUGUAUGCGAUAAAAAUAUUUUCUAUGACGUUGCAAAAAAGUAUGCUUGAGCUUCAACUAAGCCGCUUCACGAAUGACGAUGAAGACACGCUUGCCGAUAUAGGAAUGGAGAUGCACGCGUUAUCUUCUGCAGCGAAACCAUUUUGUUCAUGGACUGCGCGCGACGCGAUUCAGGAUUGCAGAGAAUCUUGCGGUGGGCAUGGAUACUUAAAAAUGUCUCGUUUGGGUGAUAUAAGAGCUCAAAACGAUGCAAAUUGUACGUAUGAGGGGGAAAACAACGUACUUAUUCAACAAGCAAGUAACUGGUUGUUAAAUCAAUGGGCUAAUAUUAAUAAAGGACAGUCCGUACCAUCUCACCUUAAUUCUGUGGACUUUCUGGUGAAUGCAGAGCAAAUACUUCAAACUAAAUUUAAUCAAACUACAACGGAAGGUGUAUUAAAACCUGAAAAUUUGCUCCUAGCUUUUAAAUGGUUAGUUUGUUAUUAUUUGAAAAAGACACAUCAACGUGUGAAGGAACUCGAAUCAAAUGGAUUGUCUGAUUUUGAUGUAAAAAACAAUUCCCAAUCGUUUUUAGCACGAACCUUGUCUCUCGUAUAUGCAGAGCAUGCCGUACUACUGUAUUUUAUCAAAUGUUUGCACGAUCCAAAAUGGACCGUAAACGAAAGAGAGGUACUCACAAAAUUGUGUUCUCUAUUCGGAGCUAUAACAUUGGAGAAGAGAUUGGGAGACUUGUACGGCGGUGGUUAUGCCUCUCCUAACAGUAACAUAGACGGUUUUUUGCGGGAAGGAAUUAUAACGCUCUGCAAAGAUUUAGUUAACAAUGCUGUUGCGCUAGUUGACGUACUGGCGCCGUCAGACUUCGUUCUUAAUUCUGCUCUAGGAAUGUCCGAUGGCGAGGUAUACAAGCACAUAAAAGAGUGGAUAUUUAAAGACAAAGAAAACUUGGAACGUCCAUCGUGGUGGAAAGAAAUCCAAUCUAAAUUGUAAUAAAAGUAUGAGACUUAAGAGUGCAAAUUUCUACUUUUGUUUUACAUAGACUUCAAAGUAAUAUCUUCAAAUGAUAAUUUAAAACAAACGCACAAAUUCAUGUUGUUCAGAGUUGUGUAGAUAUUGAUUGAAAUGUUGAAAUAAUUUAUUAUAUGCUGUAAAAAUUAGUGCCUUGACAUAAAUUCUUGUUGCACUUUUAAUCGGUGACUAAUAUCAUGUUAAUAUUUUAGUAUUAAAAUUGAAUAUAGUUUUUAUAUAUACAUUGUUAUAACGGUU